AUGCCUGUCUCGGACUUCCAUGAAAAGGUUCCCUGUACGGUUGAGCCCGCGGAGAGUGUGUGUGGAGCGGGAGGACCUGUCACCUUCAGACCGCCGAUGGGGAAUAACUCUCUGGCGCAGGAUGGAGGAUGUGCGCAGGAUAUAGCUGAAGAGUUAAAGGGUAAAGUUGUCAGUUCAUCUCACUUUUUCAAAAGUGACUUUAACAGAUCUUGACUGUUAGAUAAUAAUCUAAAUAUAAUUGUAUACUUAAAACAAAAAUAAAUGUAUUGCCAUAAUGCUACACAUUAUUGUUAUUACAUUUACAUUUACAUUUUAGUCAUUUAGCAGACGCUCUUAUCCAGAGCGACUUACAGGUAAGUGAGUGCAUACAUGAGUGCAUACAUUAUGCAAUAUCUCAAGGGUUCUUGUUUAACUUCAUAGAGCACACAAGCAUGGACACAGUCUCUGUGGGCUCUGGUCAGGUUCUUAUCUCAGGCCUGUAAAACAUGGGAGGUGAUCAGUAGAUACACUAUAUAUACAAAAGUAUGUGGACACCCCUUCAAAUUAGUGGAUUUGGCUAUUUCAGCCACUCCCGUUGCUGACAGGUGUAUAAAAUCAAGCACACAGCCGUGUAAUCGCCAUAGACAAACAUUGGCAGUAGAACGGCCUUACUGAAGAGCUCAGUGACUUUCAACGUGGCACCGUCAUAGGAUGCCACAUUUACAACAAGUCAGUUCGUCAAAUUUCUGCCCUGCUAGAGUUGCACCGGUCAACUGUAAGUGCUGUUAUUGUGAAGUGGAAACGUCUAGGAGCAACAAUGGCUCAGCCGCGAAGUGGUAGGCCACAGAAGCUCACAGAACGGGACCACCGAGUGUUGAACCGCGUAGCGCGUAUAAAUAGUUCCAAACUGCCUCUGGAAGCAACAUCAGCACAAGAACUGUUAGUUGGGAGCUUCACUAAAUGGGUUUCCAUGGCUGAGCAGAUGAACACAAGCCUAAGAUCACCAUGCGCAAUGCCAAGCGUCGGCUGGAGUGGUGUAAAGCUCACCGCCAUUGGACUCUGGUACAGUGGAAACGCAUUCUCUGGAGUGAUGAAUCACGCUGGCAGUCCAAUGGACGAAUCUGGGUUUGGCAGAUGCCAGGAGAACACUACCUGCCUGAAUGCAUAGUGCCAACUGUAAAGUUUGGUGGAGGAGGAAUAAUGGUCUGGGACUGUUUUUCAUGGUUCGGGCUAGGCCCUUUACUUCCAGUGAAGGGAAAUCUUAACACUACAGCAUACAAUGACAUUCUAGACGAUUCUGUGAUUCCAACUUUGUGGCAACAGUUUAGGGAAGGCCCGUUCCUGUUUCAGCAUGACAAUGCCCCUGUGCACAAAGUGAAGUCCAUACAGAAAUGGUUUGUCGAGAUCGGUGUGGAUGAACUUGACUGGUCUGCACCGAGCCCUGACCUCAACCCCAUCGAACACCUUUGGGAUUAAUUGGAAUGCAGACUGCAAGCCAGGCGUAAUCGCCCAACAUCAGUGCCCAACCUCACUAAUGCUCUUGUGGCUGAAUGGAAGCAAGUCCCCGUAGAAAUGUUUCAACAUCUAGUGAAAAGCCUUCCCAGAAGAGUGGAGGCUGUUAUAGCAGCAAAGGGGGGACCAACUCCAUAUUAAUGCCUAUGAUUUUGGAAUGAGAUGUUCGACGAGCAGGUGUCCACAUACUUUUGGUCAUGUAGUGUAGCUGAUCAAUCAGCAUUGAUGAUCUCGCUGAUGAGAGCUUCCACACAACUAUGGAGCAUGGAAGCUUUUUUAGAGCCGCCCAGUUACCUCUCCCUCUCUAGCUGUACCUCUCCCUCUCUGGUUGUAAAGAGAAACAAUUGGCAUGCUGAUUUUCUGGAAAAAGAUGCAGCAGGAUGAAUGUAUGGUUCAGUAAAUGAACUGAUUUAUAAUACAGCUUGGAUCUUAGUAAAUCUUGUGUCUUGUUGAAGCUCUUGAACCAAGCCAGUAACCUUUGUCUAACCUAUAGGGAUGAGUUGACAUUCUAUGGCUGCAGGAUAUUCAUCUUCAGCUCAGUGUCACUAUGGUGUAGCACAGUGAGAUGUGUCAGGAUUCAGGAAUGAAGUGAGUUCAUUGGAGAGAAGAACUGUAUGUGCAAGACGUGAUCAGAUCUCAUCUCAGGAGGAGGGGUUUCACUUACCCCCCACUUACCCCCAACCAAUCCACUUAUUAAAACGAGAACCAGAUCAGGCUAGCUAAUUCUACACCAAGCUACCAAACUACCAGUCAUGCCCAAUGCCUAGCCACUUUCUCAAAUUCGAGCGUGAACCCUGACAUAGGUUGGGUACCCCCCCCCUCCCUUCUCCAUAACCAAACUCCAGCCCUCUUUUAGAUCUCCCAUCAGACAUCUGUUCAUGUUUCAGACUGUAGAGAUUAAACAUACAUACUAGAUUAUUCUAUUGCAACAAGGAAGUGUUUUGCUAGGUGAAAAAAACAUCUACAAGAGAAGCAGAGGAGUUAACCUGAUUUUAAAGGUUUCACAGGGUUCUUAACAAGAGAUAUUUGGCUGUAUAGCUCUCAAUAUGUUCAAUAAUGCUGGGUAAUUUACGGUACUUUCAAUGAUAACCAUUUCCCAGCUCUUUGCUGUUUGCUGUAGAGGAGACAAUAAGCAGGCUGAGAUAAGUGUUGAGGCUGAGGACAAGGCCAUCAAGGUAACCAAAUUAUUAAAGAUUAGCUCAAUAAACCAUCGUAAAAUUAUGAUUCCUGAUAUUCCCAGGAAAAUCACAUGCUCAGAUCUUGUUUUCCCCUACUUUCCCAGUAAAAGUCUGUUUUCAUCUAGAGCUGCAGCUCUAACAGAGAUAUUACAAGUGAUUCAUGAGGCUGUGCUUGAGAUCUCAGUGAGUUAGAUAUGCCCGUGCCCAUAGUUGGAGGUUGUAAGUAGCCUCACAUUCCUAUGGGGUGAAGCGCCCCGUAAAAGAGCCUGUUAGAGGCCCAGUCUGGCUUAUCUCCCAGCAGUCAGAGACCAUCCAGGGGGAUCUCCAGGGGUGUGUGCGUGUGCGUGUGUGUGUGUGUGCUUAGAUUUGUAGACCCUUUGCAGAGGGUCCUUGGCUGGAAUCUGGGGCACCAGCAGAGUCACGGUUUUUCUUGCAGUAUUUCCUGUUCUACAUUAGAAUGAUACCUCAAACCUUUUCCUAAAACAGUAUCUAUGUCCCUAUGCACAUUAGGAAAGCCACCUGUCUUUUAUCAGGAAGAGUAACAGAGAACAUUUUACAAAAACACAUUUACUUGAAGAACAGUGCAGAUGCAAAGUUUGGUAACAGAAUGACGGUUUGUGCUGUUUUGUGCCAUCAUUCUGUUACCAAACAUUGCAUCUGCACUGUUCUUCAAGUAAAUGUGUUUUUGUAAAAAUUCCUGUGGAAAUUGUUAAAAGUAGUCCUUUUGCAUAGAGUUGUGUGGUUUGUUUAACUUUGCAAUCAUUGGUUUUUGUAUGACAUACAUUUUAAAAUCUCAGCAUCACUCUGUUAACGUGGACUUGCCCAUAGUUCUUUAUGAGUUCAUGGUCAUUCUGUAGAACAGAGCUGAAUUUAACUGACAUGCGUGGAGUGUUUGUGUGCAAAGCAAUUAACGUGUAUUGGAGGGUGACACUUAUUAGUUGUGGCCAGUGGCUGAAAUUCACACUGUAAACAAACAAGAAACAAGAAAAUGCUCAUCCAGAAGCGGCACUCCUAGUGGCCGGGGACUUUAGUGCAGGCAAACUUAAAUCUGUUUUACCUCAUUUCUACCAGCAUGUCACAUGUGCAACCAGAGGAGAAAAAACUCUAGACCACCUUUACUCCACACACAGAGACGCAUACAAAGCUCUCCCUCGCCCUCCAUUUGGCAAAUCUGACCAUAAUUCCAUCCUCCUGAUUCCUGCUUACAAGCAAAACUAAAGCAGGAAGUACCAGUGACUCGCUCAAUAUGGAAGUGGUCAGAUGACGCGGAUGCUACGCUACAGGACUGUUUUGCUAGCACAGACUGGAAUAUGUUCCGUGAUUCAUCCAAUGGCAUUGAGGAGUAUACCACCUCAGUCACCGGCUUCAUAAAUAAGUGCAUUGACGACAUCGUCCCCACAGUGACCAUACGUACAUAUCCCAACCAGAAGCCAUGGAUUACAGGCAACAUCCACACUGAGCUAAAGGCUAGAGCUGCCGCUUUCAAGGAGCGGGACGCUAAUCCGGACGCUAAUAAGAAAUCCUGCUAUGCCCUCAGACAAACCAUCAAACGGGCAAAGCGUCAAUACAGGACAAAGAUUGAAUCCUACUACACCGGCUCUGACGUUCGUCGGAUGUGGCAGGGCUUGCAAACUAUUACGGACUACAAAGGGAAACCCAGCAGCGAGCUGCCCAGUGACAUAAACCUACCAGACGAGCUAAAUGCCUUUUAUGCUCGCUUCGAGGCAAGCAACACUGAAGCAUGCAUGAGAGCACCAGCUGUUCCGGACGACUGUGUGAUUACGCUUUCCGUAGCCGAUCUGAGUAAGGCCUUUAAACAGGUCAAGAUUCACAAGGCCGCGGGGCCAGAUGGAUUACAAGGGCGUGUACUCAGAGCAUGCGCGGACCAACUGGCAAGUGUCUUCACUGACAUUUCCAACCUCUCCCUGACCGAGUCUGUAAUACCUACAUGUUUCAAGCAGACCACCAUAGUCCCUGUGCCCAAGAAUGCGAAGGUAACCUGCCUAAAUGACUACCACCCCGUAGCACUCACAUCGGGAGCCAUGAAGUGCUUUGAAAGGCUAGUCAUGUCUCACAUCAACACCAUCAUCCCGGAAACCCAAGAUCCACUCCAAUUCACAUACCGCCCCAUCAGAUCCACAGAUGAUGCAAUCUCAAUCGCACUCCACACUGCCCUUUCCUACCUGGACAAAAGGAACACCUACAGUUGAAGUCGGAAGUUUACAUACACCUUAGCCAAAUAUAUUUAAACUCAGUUUUCACAAUUCCUGACAUUUAAUCCUAGUAAAAAUUCCCUGUCUUAGGUCAGUUAGGAUCACCACUUUAUUUUAAGAAUGUGAAAUGUCAGAAUAAUAGUAGAGAGAAUGAUUUAUUUAAGCUUUUAUUACUUUCAUCACAUUCCCAGUGGGUCAGAAGUUUACAUACACUCAAUUAGUAUUUGGUAACAUUGCCUUUCAAUUGUUUAACUUGGGUCAAAUGUUUCAGGUAGCCUUCCACAAGCUUCCCACAAUAAGUUGGGUGAAUUUUGGCCCAUUCUUCCUGACAGAGCUGGGGCCUCCUUGCUCGCACACACUUUUUCAGUUCUGCCCACAAAUGUUCUAUAGGAUUGAGGUCAGGGCUUUGUGAUGGCCACUCCAAUACCUUGAUUUUGUUGUCCUUAAGCCAUUUGCCACAACUUUGGAAGUAUGCUUGGGGUCAUUGUCCAUUUGGAAGACCGGUUUGCGACCAAGCUUUAACUUCCUGACUGAUGUCUUGAGAUGUUGCUUCAAUAUAUCCACAUAAUUUUCCUUCCUCAUGAUGCCAUCUAUUUUGUGAAGUGCACCAGUCCCUCCUGCAGAAAAGCACCUCCACAGCAUGAUGCUGCCACCCCCGUGCUUCACGGUUGGGAUGGUGUUCUUCGGCUUGCAAGCCUUACCCUUUUUCCUCCAAACAUAACGAUGGUCAUUAUGGCCAAACAGUUCUAUUUUUGUUUAAUCAGACCAGAGGACAUUUCUCCAAAAAGUAUGAUCUUUGUCCCCAUGUGCAGUUGCAAACCGUAGUCUGGCUUUUUUAUGGCGGUUUUGGAGCAGUGGCUUCUUCCUUUCAGGUUAUGUCGAUAUAGGACUCGUUUUACUGUGGAUAUAGAUACUUUUGUACCUGUUUCCUCCAGCAUCUUCACAAGGUCUUUGCUGUUGUUCUGGGAUUGAUUUGCACUUUACACACCAAAGUACGUUCAUCUCUAGGAGACAGAACGGGUCUCCUUUCUGAGCGGUAUGACGGCUGCGUGGUCCCAUGGUGUUUAUACUUGCGUACUAUUGUUUGUACAGAUGAACGUGGUACCUUCAGGUGUUUGGAAAUUGCUCCCAAGGAUGAACCAGACUUGUGGAGGUCUACAAUUGUUUUUCUGAGGUCUUGUCUGAUUUCUUUUGAUUUUCCCAUGAUGUCAAGCAAAGAGGCACUGAGUUUGAAGGUAGGCCUUGAAAUAUAUCCACAGGUACACGUCCAAUUGACUCAAAUGAUGACAAUUAGCCUUUCAGAAGCUUCUAAAGCCAUGACAUAAUUUUCUGGAAUUUUCCAAGCUGUUUAAAGUUACAGUCAACUUAGUGUAUGUAAACUUCUGACCCACUGGAAUUGUGAUACAAUGAAUUAUAAGUGAAAUAAUCUGUCUGUAAACAAUUGUUGGAAAAAUUACUUGUGUCAUGCACAAAGUAGAUGUCCUAACCGACUUGCCAAAACUAUAGUUCGUUAACAAUAAAUUUGUGGAGUGGUUGAAAAACCUCCAACCUAAGUGUAUGUAAACUUCAACUCUUUGUGAGAAUGCUGUUCAUUGACUACAGCUCAGUGUUCAACACCAUAGUGCCCACAAAGCUCAUCACUAAGCUAAGGACCCAGGGACUAAACAACUCCCUCUACAACUGGAUCCUGGACUUCCUGACGGGCCACCCCCAGUUGGUAAGGGUAGGCAACAACACAUCUGCCACGCUGAUCCUCAACACCGGGGCCCCUCAGGCGUGCAUGCUUAGUCCCCUCCUGCACUCCCUGUUCACCCACGACUGCGUGGCCAAGCACGACUCCAACACCAUCAUAAAUUUGCUGACGACACAACAGUGGUAGGCCUGAUCACCGACAACGAUGAGACAGCCUAGAAAGUUGUGAAGAGGGCACAACAACGCCUUUUCCCCCUCAGGAGACUGAAAAGAUUUGGCAUGGGUCCCCAGAUCCUCAAAACGUUAUACAGCUGCACCAUCGAGAGCAUCCUGACCGGUUGCAUCACCACCUGGUAUGGCAACUGCUCGGGGCAUCCGACCGUAAGGCGCUACAGAGGGUAGUGCGUACGGCCCAAUAUAUCACUGGGGCCAAGAUUCCUGCCAUUUAGGACCUAUAUACUAGGCGGUGUCAGAGGAAAGCCCAAAAAAUUGUCAAAGACUCCAGUCACCCAAGUCAUAGACUGUUCUCUCUGCUACCGCAUGGCAAGCGGUACCGGAGCGCCAAGUCUAUGUCCAAAAGGCUCCUUAACAGCUUCUACCCCCAAGCCAUAAGACUGCUGAACAAUUAAUAAAAUGGCCACCCGGACUAUUUACAUUGACUCCCCAACCCUCCCACUGCUUCUACUCGCUGUUUAUUAUCUAUGCAUAGUCACUUUACCCCUACCUACAUGUACAAAUUACCUCGACUAACCUGUACCCCCGCACAUUGACUCGGUUAUGUAAUCUUAUUGUGUUACUUUUUAUUUUAUUAUUUACUUUAGUUUAUUUAGCAAAUAUUUUCUUAACUAUUUCUUGAACUGCAUUGUUGGUUAAGGGCUUGUAAAUAAGCAUUUCACGGUAAGGUCUACACCUGUUGUAUUCGGCGCAUGUGACAAAUAAAAAUUGAAUUGAUUUGAUUUGAAAUAUGAUUAUGUUGAGUUCACGAAUCCAGAACUCACAUUCUUGUAUUAUUCUUGUAUUGCUGUUUUUGUCUGACUAGUUUAUAUCCAUGUCUGUAACCAUCUGCCUGGUCAUUAGGCUGUGAUGCAGCUGAAUGCUGGCCAUGUGUUCUGUUUGUGGUCUUUCAAGUUGGUUUUUCUAAGCUCCCUAAAUGAAGUCCAGAUGUACUGCUAGACUGAGCUAUUCUUGUGUUGUUCUUGUUUUGGCGAUCUGAGAACAGUUACUGUAACCACUAACCACUGAAACCCCACUUGGGCCGGCAGCCAGCAAGUGUGUGAAUAGUGGCUUUCUUUACAUGGAACAUGUGACAGUGUGUACGCUCUAUCAGGGGAAGACAGGGGGAGGCAAGGCAGUUAUGAGAGGGCUGGUGGCUUGGUGGUGGGGUGGGGGGCUUGGAGUAAAGCAUUGGUCCCCAGUGUGAGUGAUGUGUAGGCAGCUGCUGCUUGUGACACUGUGCGGAGUGAUAGUUUUUUCUGGCCCUCUGCCCCUUUAAAGUAACUGUCCAGUGUUUCCAGAUUUCUAUGAAAUAUGACCUAAAAUUACUUAGAAUAUGAGUGAAAUCGUUUUCCUUCCAAUUUAAAAAAAAUAACUGUUAAUAAGCAGCUUUUCUGUGUUGGAAUGGUGUGGGCAUAACCCAAGAAAAGAACGGUGUGGGCGUAUACCGGCCAAAAAAAUUAUUCAUGCGAGUAGACCGCUGAUUGGCCAGCUCAUCCUCCUCAGGAGUAUGACAUCAUACUAUAUGAGGAAAUAGCAAGCAUUCUUUAAACAGUCUGUUUGAGAUACAAGUUUGAGGUGGGAUUUUCUCCAAUGUAUGCUUUGGCCACAAAUAUGAGUAUAGGAAGAAUCAACAACAUUAUUUGGAUAGGAGUUAACAGAAUAUGAACUUUUAAAAGUUUUAUUUUCACUGGACAGUUACUUUAACCCAGCCCCUGAGUGGCAUUCUGGAGUCCAGAGUAGCCUAGUCUGAGGCAGCUUAGGGUGCGUGCCCCCUCCUCUCCUCAUUCCUGCUCCUAACAGAGACAAGGACAUUUCUGAAACUGUGCAUGUGUACGUGUGUUCGUGUGUGUGUAAUGGGCUCUCCUCCGGGUCGCUUUCUCAGGGCAGAGGUUUGUGGAGCCCUGCCAAUGCUGGCAGUGAUGUUUAUGGCAUGUUCUGCUACUGCUAGACGAGAAGCACACUGCCUCUCUAUAGUCCCAUUAAGUUAACCCUAGCAGAGGACAGAGAGAACAAAACAUACUUUGACAAACAGUUCAAUCUCUCACCUGUGUCUUCCAAAACCUGAAACUAGGGAACAUCAAACAAUAAUAUUUUAUACAUAAUCUGGACGAAAAACUCUAACCAAAUGAAUGUAUUGCCAUGGAAAAACUACAUGGACCACUUUUAGAGUAGGCUUACUGUUGUUUUUGCUCCUGCUCUGAUAAAGCAGUGUGUUUCUGCCUGUGCUAAUCUCCUAGCCCGGAUUCCUGGUCAUCACAGGGUUGGAUGACCGGCCGACCCCAGGUGGUAAGGGUAGGCAACAACACGUCUGCCACGCUGAUCCUCAACACAUGGGGCCCCUCAGGGGUACGUGCUUAGUCCCCUCCUGUACUCCCUGUUCACCUACGACUGCAUGGCCAAACACGAUUCCAACACCAUCAUUUGCUGACGACAUAACAGUGGUAGGCCUGAUCACCGACAACGAUGAGGCAGCCUAUAGGGAGGAGGUCAGAGACCUGGCAGUGUGGUGCCAGGACAACAACCUCUCUCUCAAUGUGAGCAAGACAAAGGAGCUGAUCGUGGACUACAGGAAAAGGCAGGCCGAACAGGCCCCCAUUAAUAUCGACGGGGCUGUAGUGGAGUGGGUCGAGAGUUUCAAGUUCCUUGGUGUCCACAUCACCAACAAACUAUCAUGGUCCAAACACACCAAGACAGUCGUGAAAAGUGCACGACAACGCCUUUUCCCCCUCAGGAGACUGAAAAUAUUUGGCAUGAGUCCCCAGAUCCUCAAUUCUAUAGCUGCACCAUCGAGAGCCUCCUGACCGGUUGUAUCACCGCCUGGUAUGGCAACUGCUCGGCAUCUGACCGUGAGGCGCUACAGAGGGUAGUGCGUACGGCCCAGUACAUCACUGGGGCCAAGCUUCCUGCCAUCCAGGACCUAUAUACUAGGCGGUGUCAGAGGAAAUCCCAAAAAAUUGUCAAAGACUCCAGUCACCCAAGUCAUAGACCGUUCUCUCUGCUACCGCACGGCAAGCGGUACCGGAGCGCCAAGUCUAGGACCAAAAGGCUCCUUAACAGCGUCUACCCCAAGCCAUAAGACUGCUGAACAUUUAAUGAAAUGGCAACCCGGACUAUUUACAUUGCUGUUUAUUAUCUAUGCAUAGUCACUUUACCCCUACCUACACUUUACCCCUACCUAAAUUGCCUCAACUAACUUGUACCCCCGCACAUUGUCUCGGUACCAGUACCCCCUGUAUAUAGCCUCAUUAUUGUUAUUUUAUUGUGUUACAUUUAAUUUAUUUUAUUUUAUUUUUUACUUUAGUUUAUUUGGUAAAUAUUUUCUUAACUCUUUCUUGAACUGCAUUGUCAGUUAAGGGCUUGUAAGUAAGGAUUUCACAGUAAGGUCUACACCUGUUGUAUUCGGCGCAUGUGACAAAUAAAGUUUGAUUUGACACACACACAGACACAAACACACACACACACAAACACACACAUACGUCAGGCAGACAUUACUGAAGGAGAUCAAAACACAACGACACACACAUACAGCUUGUCCUGUAGCAGGGCUGAAAACAUCUACAGUAACAGCCAUCUCUGUUAUGAAGCUUAACGGCUUUAUCAAAGGGCAGUUUUGUCUUGGUUGGAUAUCAUCAUGAUGCGUUCAUUCACUGUGAGAGGUCUCAGGAAUGAUUCACUUCUGCAAUGAGCAUGGACAGGGCAUGUGCAUCUCUAUUGAUGUCCCUCUUCAUAGAUCACCAUUGUAUGGUCCUCUUCCCUGAGUGAUUGGAGCUUGCCAUUGCCAGAUUGCAGUGCUCCUCAGCUUUUUCUACCAGAGUCAAGCAAGUAAGGGGUUUUCUCUGAGGAACACUAAGUAAAAACUUGAACUUGAAAACAGAUUAACUUAUGUCAGCAAUAUUCAAUAACAGACCUUGUCAGCAAUAUUCCAGGGAAUUUUCAGAGUGCAUGCUCUUUUAAACUCAAAGGAAGCUAGCUUCCUUUCUUUUUCAUUUCCUAAUUGGCAAGCAUGUCUGUUCAUGAAACGCUGACAGUUUUAAUAGUGUUUAUUUAAUACUCUCCUCUCUCACUUAUGUAAUGAACCUUGUAAUCUGUGAUGUGGAAAAUAAUCGGCUGUCAUAAAGAGUUGGCAUGCCUGCUGCUCUAUGGCGUCAGCCUGACAGUGCUUAUUGGAAUUUCUCAUGACGUGCGAUACGUAUGGCCCUCGGCCGAGGUCAGGUGCUACAGUAACAGCAACAUUAUAGAGUGUUAUGUGAACUGAGAGAGUGUCUGCCCAUACAGAGGAUAUGAGAAGGGGAGGAGGAGGGGUGUAGGUAGUGCGUACGGCCCAGUACAUCACUGGGGCCAAGCUUCCUGCUAUCCAGGACCUCUAUACCAGGCGGUGUCAGGCCCUAAAAAUUGUAAAAGACUCCAGCCACCCUAGUCAUAGACUGUUCUCUCUGCUACCACACGGCAAGCGGUACCGGAGCGCCAAGUCUAGGUCCAAAAGGCUUCUUAACAGCUUCUACCCCCAAGCCAUAAGAGUCCUGAACAGCUAAUCAUGGCUACCCAGACUAUUUCCAUUGCCCCCCCAACCCGCCCCCAUUCCCUCUUUUACGCUGCUGCUACUCUGUUUAUUAUCUAUGCAUACUCACUUUAACUCUACCCACAUGUAUAUAUUACCUCAAUUACCUCGACUAACCGGUGCCCCCGCACAUUGACACUGUACCGGUACCCCCUGUAUAUAGCCUCCCUACUGUUAUUUUAUUUAACUGCUGCUCUUUAAUUAUUUGCUAUUUUUAUUUUUUACUUAUCUAUUUUUUACUUUUAUUUUCUUAAAACUGCAUUGUUGGUUAAGGGCUUGUAAGUAAGCAUUUCACUGUAAGGUCUACACCUGUUGUAUUCGCCGCAUCUGGCAAAUAACAUUUUAUUUGAACUCCAAGUGAUCAUCUGUCACUGACUGUGAAGUGUGAACGCCAUCUCUCUCCAUGCCCAGAGUGAGCAAGUCACUGACACAGCACUGGCAAAAAUAUCCCAUCAAAAUCUGUCUGUUAAAGGUAGAGAUAUCUGUUUUUUUGCAUGGGAUGGGUCUCAAUCGACCGCAUCCGCUUAUAUCACCCUUUUGCAUCUGUAGUGAAAGGUUGCAGAGCUAGAGCAGUGUUUAUCAAACCAUGAGACACCCCGAAAAUCGGUCUUCUCACCAAAACGUCUGUAGGUUCCUAACAGUUUGGCCUACAAAGUACUAUGACCACUCGAUUGAAAGCUGAGACUCUCGCGAACACUAUGGUGUUUUGCUCUAGGACAUCGACAAGCCUCACAAGUCCCCAGUACCAAUAAAAAAAAUUAAUGGAAGUAUAUAUGGAGAUAAAGAAUUGUUUCCUGAUCUUUCUUAUACAGUAAGUAUCUCUCAGAUAUAAGACAGACACUUCAGAACAAACUAUCUGUUGUUCCAUGUAGUGAAUCUGUUGUUCAAUGCGUUUCUAUUGGCUAAAAGCAGUAGUGCCAAAUUCAAUGUUUCAUCCAAUAAAAAUAAAUAAAUAAAGAUCGAUGCCUUAAGGGGUCUUAAAAUUCCAAAUCACAUAGCUAAAUUAUCCUUGGUAUGAACAUCUUUAAACAAUUCCAUAUGUUAGCUUAGACAUGGGCAGUCAGAGAGGAAGAGGCGAAGCGAGAGGGAUAACUGGGCCCAGAAAUCUGUCUUCUCCAGCAGGUAGCGUUUUUGAUGUAUUUUUUUUGCUCACCAAGCGAGGAGUUUUUCUAUGGCGGUCAAUGAGACAGUGUCAAGAUUGGUCAACAAAAAAUUUAAUGGCUUAUUUGGUCAAAUAGAAGUUCUGUAAUGCUUAGGUUAUUACAAGUAGGACAUGUGACAUCCCAGCAAAUUUGAAAAAAAACACUUUAUAUCAGAGUUGUGCCUGUUGUUUACACGUGUAGCUGCCCUCUCAUUGGCUAGAAUGGUCCACCUGAUCUUGCCUCCUCCCUACUGCCUUCCAUCUAUGAAGAUUUUUUUUUCAUUGUAAGAGCGGACACUAUCUGGUCAAUAUAAUGGAUAAUCUGUGGCGCAGUUUGAGCUACUCCAGGAAGUGACGUUGCAGGUUAGCUCAGUGCUGCCCCCUCUCAUUGAGUAACUCAAAUUGAAGGCCGACCUGGGUACUGCAGGCUGCCAUUAGCAACUAAAUUAUCCUUAUACAGUUGGGAGAACAAGUAUUUGAUACACUGCUGAUUUUGCAGGUUUUCCUACUUACAAAGCAUGUAGAGGUCUGUCAUUUUUUAUCAUAGGUACACUUCAACUGUGAGAGACGGAAUCUAAAACAAAAAUCCAGAAAAUCACAUUGUAUGAUUUUUAAGUAAUUAAUUUGCAUUUUAUUGCAUGACAUAAGUAUUUGAUACAUCAGAAAAGCAGAACUUAAUAUUUGGUACAGAAACCUUUGUUUGCAAUUACAGAGAUCAUACGUUUCCUGUAGGUCUUGACCAGGUUUGCACACACUGCAGCAGGGAUUUUGGCCCACUCCUGCAUACAAACCUUCUCCAGAUCCUUCAGGUUUCGGGGCUGUCGCUGGGCAAUACGGACUUUCAGCUCCCUCCAAAGAUUGUCUAUUGGGUUCAGGUCUGGAGACUGGCUAGGCCACUCCAGGACCUUGAGAUGCUUCUUACGGAGCCACUCCUUAGUUGCUCUGGCUGUGUGUUUUGGGUCGUUGUCAUGCUGGAAGACCCAGCCACGACCCAUCUUCAAUGCUCUUACUGAGGGAAGGAGGUUGUUGGCCAAGAUCUCGCGAUACAUGGCCCCAUCCAUCCUCCCCUCAAUACGGUGCAGUCGUCCUGUCCCCUUUGCAGAAAAGCUUCCCCAAAGAAUGAUGUUUCCACCUCCAUGCUUCACGGUUGGGAUGGUGUUCUUGGGGUUGUACUCAUCCUUCUUCUUACUCCAAACACGGCGAGUGGAGUUUAGACCAAAAAGCUCUGUUUUUGUCUCAUCAGACAACAUGACCUUCUCUCAUUCCUCCUCUGGAUCAUCCAGAGGGUCAUUGGCAAACUUCAGACGGGCCUGAACAUGCGCUGGCUUGAGCAGAGGGACCUUGCGUGUGCUGCAGGAUUUUAAUCCAUGACGGCGUAGUGCGUUACUAAUGGUUUUCUUUGAGACUGUGGUCCCAGCUCUCUUCAGGUCAUUGACCAGGUCCUGCCGUGUAGUUCUGGGCUGAUCCCUCACCUUCCUCAUGAUCAUUGAUACCCCACGAGGUGAGAUCUUGCAUGGAGCCCCAGACCGAGGGUGAUUGACCGUCAUCUUGAACUUCUUCCAUUUUCUAAUAAUUGCGCCAACAGUUGUUGCCUUCUCACCAAGCGGCUUGCCUAUUGUCCUGUAGCCCAUCCCAGCCUUGUGCAGGUCUACAAUUUUAUCCCUGAUGUCCUUACACAGCUCUCUGGUCUUGGCCAUUGUGGAGAGGUUGGAGUCUGUUUGAUUGAGUGUGUGGACAGGUAUCUUUUAUACAGGUAACAAGUUCAAACAGGUGCAGUUAAUACAGGUAAUGAGUGGAGAACAGGAGGGCUUCUUAAAGAAAAACUAACAGGUCUGUGAGAGCCGGAAUUCUUACUGGUUCGUAGGUGAUCAAAUACUUAUGUCAUGCAAUAAAAUGCUAAUUACUUACUUAAAAAUCAUACAAUGUGAUUUUCUGGAAUUUUGUUUUAGAUUCCGUCUCUCACAGUUGAAGUGUACCUAUGAUAAAAAAUUACAGACCUCUACAUGCUUUGUAAGUAGGAAAAGCUGCAAAAUCGGCAGUGUAUCAAAUACUUGUUCUGCCCACUGUAACUUCUUCUGGGUGCAAUUUUAAAAUAAUUGGUUUAGAAUCAAUUAAUGGUACCAUGGUUGUCUUCAGGAAAAAAUAAAUCUUUACACGAAGAUUGCAAUUUUUCUAUUCACAAUCAUGGGGGAUCCUGUUUUCUGCUAACAAUGCCUGCCUUACCAUGGUCGGCCUUGAACUUCCGUGGCUUCAAUGAGAGGGGGGAGUCGUUUCCCCCUGGAAUUAACACACCAAAAGACAUUACUCACUGACUCCAAGUAGAGUUCAUAGUACGAGGUCAGAUCAGUGACCGAGUCCCUGUGUAUUUAUACAGUUGAAGUCGGAAGUUUACAUACACUUAGGUUGGCGUCAUUAAAACUCAUUUUUUCAACCACUCCACAAAUUUCUUGUUAACUAACUAUAGUUUUGGCAAGUCGGUUAGGACAUCUACUUUGUGCAUGACACAAGUAAUUUUUCCAACAAUUGUUUACAGACAGAUUCUUUCACUUAUAAUUCACUGUAUCACAAUUCCAGUGGGUCAGAAGUUUACAUACACUUAGUUGACUGUGCAUUUAAACAGCUUGGAAAAUUCCAGAAAAUGAUGUCAUGGCUUUAGAAGCUUCUGAUAGGCUAAUUGACAUCAUUUGAGUCAAUUGGAGGUGUACCUGUGGAUGUAUAUCAAGGCCUACCUUCAAACUCAGUGCCUCUUUGCUUGACAUCAUGGGAAAAUCAAAAGAAAUCAGCCAAGACCCCAGGAAAAAAAUGAAGGUACCACGUUCAUUUUGUACAAACAAUAGCAUGCAAGUAUAAACACCAUGGGAGCACGCAGCCGUCAUACCGCUCAGGAAGGAGACGCGUUCUGUCUCCUAGAGAUGAACGUACUUUGGUGCGAAAAGUGCAAAUCAAUCCCAGAACAACAGCAAAGGACCUUGUGAAGAUGCUGGAGGAAACAGGUACAAAAGUAUCUAUAUCCACAGUAAAACGAGUCCUAUAUCGACAUAACCUGAAAGGAAGAAGCCACUGCUCCAAAACCGCCAUAAAAAAGCCAGACUACGGUUUGCAACUGCACAUGGGGACAAAGAUCGUACUUUUUGGAGAAAUGUCCUCUGGUCUGAUGAAACAAAAAUAGAACUGUUUGGCCAUAAUGACCAUCGUUAUGUUUGGAGGAAAAAGGAGGUGGCUUGCAAGCCGAAGAACACCAUCCCAACCGUGAAGCACGGGGGUGGCAGCAUCAUGCUGUGGGGGUGCUUUUCUGCAGGAGGGACUGGUGCACUUCACAAAAUAGAUGGCAUCAUGAGGAAGGAAAAUUAUGUGGAUAUAUUGAAGCAACAUCUCAAGACAUCAGUCAGGACGUUAAAACUUGGUCGCAAAUGGUUCUUCCAAAUGGACAAUGACCCCAAGCAUACUUCCAAAGUUGUGGCAAAAUGGCUUAAGGACAACAAAGUCAAGGUAUUGGAGUGGCCAUCACAAAGCCCUGACCUCAAUCCUAUAGAAAAUGUGUGGGCAGAACUGAAAAAGCGUGUGUGAGCAAGGAGGCCUACAAACCUGACUCAGUUACACCAGCUCUGUCAGGAGGAAUGGACCAAAAUUCACCCAAUUUAUUGUGGGAAGAUUGUGGAAGGCUACCCGAAACAUUUGACCCAAGUUAAACAAUUUAAAGGCAAUGCUACAAAAUACUAAUUGAGUGUAUGUAAACUUCUGGCCCACUGGGAAUGUGAUGAAAUAAAUAAAAGCUGAAAUAAAUCAUUCUCUCUACUAUUAUUCUGACAUUUCACAUUCUUAAAAUAAAGUGGGGAUCCUAACUGACCUCAGACAGGGAAUUUUUACUAGGAUUAAAUGUCAGGAAUUGUGAAAAACAGAGUUUAAUUGUAUUUGGCUAAGGUGUAUGUAAUCUUCUGACUUCAACUGUAGCCUCCAGACAGGUCAGUUUGACUAGCUGGCUCACUCCUCCACUGCUAUCCCAUCACUCACCCCUGCCAUGGUGGGCCUGUCCCCAGCUCCCAGAGCCCCUUGUUAGGCUGUGUGGUUACAUAAGAGGCCUUGGAUGUCAAAGCCUCCAUUCUUUAGGAUAACACAUUUGGGUGGGAUGACGAUUGACAUCUCCAGAACUGUGGGCGAGCCUAGCGAUCUCACUGCUCUUUGGGCCGUUGUGCAGAUUUUCCAGCCAUUGUGACAUUUCAGCUUCCUGGCUGCACAAUAUGUCAUCCUCUGCAUUUUGAGUGGAUCUUUGGUAAUAGUUGUUUUGCUGGCUGUGUGUUUUGAGGGUUUAUUGAGGAAUAAAAGUGUGGUGUGUAAAUUACUCUUAAAUUCAUAACAGUGCUACUGUUGAUUUUCCUAGCAUUGCAUUUUAGGUUCUUGGCAGAACAGUGUGUACUGACAGCUCACAGCCUCAAACCCAUUUCCAUAGUUACAUCUUUGUGGUUUCAGUGACAAAAUAAAGAAAAGUGUUUUCCUAUUUGAAUUUGAGUAAAUGCUUUUAAGCUCAGGUAGGGUAGCUAAGAUUAACGCAUUAAUAAUGUUAGAAGAAAAAAAUCAACUUCAUAUUCAUAAUCUCCACCACUACCCCAACAACAUCAACAAAUGUGAAAAUGGCACUUUUCAAUGUUUUCUAGUCAAAAAGAAAGCGUAAGAUACGGUUUUCCAAUGGCAUCACCUGGUGUACAUCAUGUGAUUUUAACCAAUUAGUAGGCAAUGCUGACUCAUUUGGUUGAAAUCACAUGAUGCACACCAGAUGAUGCCAUUGGAAAAACAUAUCUUACUCUAUCUUUUUGACAAAAAAACAUUAAAAAGUCCCUUUAAGUAAUGAUUCAGUCGUUGUAUCCAACUGCAACAAGGAUAAUCCUCUCUAACUGUGCUAUUAUUCGUCUUUUUACAGAAAAAACUGUGCUUGCCCCAGCAAUGUUCAUCUUUCAAAAGAAAACCCCAUCCAUGAAGGUAACCUUUAUAUCCUAAUAAUGGGUAGGCCUACAAUGUUGACAUGAUGCUAAUGCAUGGUGUGGGACAAAUUAUGUAAUGAAAGAGUAUGUAUCAUUUCGUUACAUACAAAAAUAAUAAUUUUGUUUACAGAGAAGCGCAGAGAGAUGGGAGGAUGGCUCAGGUAAGCAUCAGAACUUGUCGCUGCUGCAUGUCAUAACAAUCAAACAUUUUGAUAGAUGAUUACUUUGUUACUUUCUAUGGACAGUCGUGUUUAUGCAUCUUUUUCUUGUUCUCCAAAUAGUUGUGGGAAUCAGUCCAAGAAAACGAGUCAGUUCACUCACCUACCCUAACCCUAACAACAGAACCAGGAAAGGUGAGUUUCCACUGUCCGGUACACAUAAGUACCGGUGCAUAACACCAGACUGUCAAGGUCGAGGUAAGGAGUAGACCAAGGCGCAGCGUGAUGAACAAACAUGACUUUAAUUAGUUAAAGCGUCAAAAUACAAAACAAAACACGACUCGUGACGUCCACGGUAUCAAUGACCGAACACGGAACAAAAACCCACAACCACAAAGGGAAAACAUACAGUUUAAAUAUGGCUCCCAAUCAGAGACAACCAGCCAACAGCUGACACUCGUUGCCUCUGAUUGGGAGUCACUCAGGCAAACAUAGAAUACAACAAACUAGAAUGAACACCAACAUAGAAAUACAACCAUAGAAAUGAACACACCCUGGCUCAACAUAAUGAGUCCCAGAGCCAGGGUGUGACACAGACAUAAACAUUUGAGGAUAAUCAUGAAUCAUAAUGCCUUUUCCUCCGUUUUUCUUUUGCUCCUUUGGUAAAGGAGAUGUAUCUGUAAGAUCUCUAUUAAAAUUGCACCUUUAAACUGUGUACAAAUAUUAUGAAUCAUACAGUGGGGAAAAAAAGUAUUUAGUCAGCCACCAAUUGUGCAAGUUCUCCCACUUAAAAAGAUGAGAGAGGCCUGUAAUUUUCAUCAUAGGUACACGUCAACUAUGACAGACAAAAUGAGGAAAAACAAUCCAGAAAAUCACAUUGUAGGAUUUUUAAUGAAUUUAUUUGCAAAUUAUGGUGGAAAAUAAGUAUUUGGUCAAUAACAAAAGUUUCUCAAUACUUUGUUAUAUACCCUUUGUUGGCAAUGACACAGGUCAAACGUUUUCUGUAAGUCUUCACAAGGUUUUCACACACUGUUGCUGGUAUUUUGGCCCAUUCCUCCAUGCAGAUCUCCUCUAGAGCAGUGAUGUUUUGGGGCUGUCGCUGGGCAACACGGACUUUCAACUCCCUCCAAAGAUUUUCUAUGGGGUUGAGAUCUGGAGACUGGCUAGGCCACUCCAGGACCUUGAAAUGCUUCUUACGAAGCCACUCCUUCGUUGCCCGGGCGGUGUGUUUGGGAUCAUUGUCAUGCUGAAAGACCCAGCCACGUUUCAUCUUCACUGCCCUUGCUGAUGGAAGGAGGUUUUCACUCAAAAUCUCACGAUACAUGGCCCCAUUCAUUCUUUCCUUUACAUGGAUCAGUCGUCCUGGUCCCUUUGUAGAAAAACAGCCCCAAAGCAUGAUGUUUCCACCCCCAUGCUUCACAGUAGGUAUGGUGUUCUUUGGAUGCAACUCAGCAUUCUUUGUCCUCCAAACACGACGAGUUGAGUUUUUAGUCAGCCACCAAUUGUGCAAGUUCUCCCACUUAAAAAGACGAGAGAGGCCUGUAAUUUUCAUCAUAGGUACACAUCAACUAUGACAGAUAAAUUGAGAAUUUUUUUUCCAGAAAAUCACAUUGUAGGAUUUUUUAUGAAUUUAUUUGCAAAUUAUGGUAGAAAAUAAGUAUUUGGUCACCUACAAACAAGCAAGAUUUCUGGCUCUCACAGACCUGUAACUUCUUCUUUAAGAGGCUCCUCUGUCAUCCACUCGUUACCUGUAUUAAUGGCACCUGUUUGAACUUGUUAUCAGUAUAAAAGACACCUGUCCACAACCUCAAACAGUCACACUCCAAACUCCACUAUGGCCAAGACCAAAGAGCUGUCAAAGGACACCAGAAACAAAAUUGUAGACCUGCACCAGGCUGGGAAGACUGAAUCUGCAAUAGGUAAGCAGCUUGGUUUGAAGAAAUCAACUGUGGGAGCAAUUAUUAGGAAAUGGAAGACAUACAAGACCACUGAUAAUCUCCCUCAAUCUGGGGCUCCACGCAAGAUCUCACCCUGUGGGGUCAAAAUGAUCACAAGAACGGUGAGCAAAAAUCCCAGAACCACACGGGGGGACCUAGUGAAUGACCUGCAGAGAGCUGGGACCAAAGUAACAAAGCCUACCAUCAGUAACACACUACGCCGCCAGGGACUCAAAUCCUGCAGUGCAAGACGUGUCCCCCUGCUUAAGCCAGUACAUGUCCAGGCCCGUCUGAAGUUUGCUAGAGUGCAUUUGGAUGAUCCAGAAGAGGAUUGGGAGAAUGUCAUAUGGUCAGAUGAAACCAAAAUAGAACUUUUUGGUAAAAACUCAACUCGUCGUGUUUGGAGGACAAAGAAUGCUGAGUUGCAUCCAAAGAACACCAUACCUACUGUGAAGCAUGGGGGUGGAAACAUCAUGCUUUGGGGCUGUUUUUCUGCAAAGGGACCAGGACGACUGAUCCAUGUAAAGGAAAGAAUGAAUGGGGCCAUGUAUCGUGAGAUUUUGAGUGAAAACCUCCUUCCAUCAGCAAGGGCAUUGAAGAUGAAACGUGGCUGGGUCUUUCAGCAUGACAAUGAUCCCAAACACACCGCCCGGGCAACGAAGGAGUGGCUUCGUAAGAAGAAUUCAAGGUCCUGGUGUGGCCUAGCCAGUCUCCAGAUCUCAACCCCAUAGAAAAUCUUUGGAGGGAGUUGAAAGUCCGUGUUGCCCAGCGACAGCCCCAAAACAUCACUGCUCUAGAGGAGAUCUGCAUGGAGGAAUGGGCCAAAAUACCAGCAACAGUGUGUGAAAACCUUGUGAAGACCUUCAGAAAACGUUUGACCUGUGUCAUUGCCAACAAAGGGUAUAUAACAAAGUAUUGAGAAACUUUUGUUAUUGACCAAAUACUUAUUUUCCACCAUAAUUUGCUAAUAAAUUCAUAAAAAAUCCUACAAUGUGAUUUUCUGGAUUUUUUUUCCUCAUUUUGUCUGUCAUAGUUGACGUGUACCUAUGAUGAAAAUUACAGGCCUCUCUCAUCUUUUUAAGUGGGAGAACAUGCACAAUUGGUGGCUGACUAAAUACUUUUUUUCCCCACUGUACAUGCAUUAUUUCAUACAUUGUUUCUCUCUGUGUCUCGGACAGGAUCCUGUGACGGCAGUAGACGAGUGCGAUCAAGUUCCCUCUCUUUUCCCCCGCCUCCUCCAGGUAAACAAAACUCCCCCCCUACACAAGAUUUGUGAUCUCUCUUCUCUAUCCUUUUGUUUAUCGUCUCUCUAAAGGGCCCUACACACUUCACGCAAACUAUGAAAGUGCAGCGACAGAGCUUUGUGUGGCUUACAUUUGUGGCUUACACCGUGUACAACGCUCUGUUUGCGUGAUGUGUGAAGUGGCUGUCCCCUAGGGCAGGGUUCCCAAACAUUUUCACACAGGGUCCCACUUCCAGCAUUGGGGAACACCCCCCCCCCCCCCCCUCUAUGGGCACAAGCACUGUUCAUGACACGAACUGAAUUUAGCAGGUUUAAAGCUUAUUUCCUGCAAAUAUAUACAUUUUGCCAUGUCUAAUAUGUUUACAAGUGAUAUUUGAGUGACUAAAAAUUACAAUAAUAUCUAUAGGCAAAAAAAACGAAAUACAAAAACGUUAGCUGACAUGGGCUAGUUGAUCUGGACAUUUCUGACAAGUUAUAAAUAGCUCUCUAAGGUAUGCAGUGACUAACAUGACAAGAGGAACUGAGGCACUACCCAAUUUCAGUUUGGGAACCACUGCCAUAGGGCAUACAUUUCCCACGCAAAUAAGUGGCAACUGAGUCACGUUGCAUAAUUCCUUGACUCACCUGCAGAUGAUUGUAGCCUUAAUAAAAUUGGGAUCUUACUGGGAUAAAACAUCUUCCCAUCUAUUAAACGAACCGAAGCAGUGCAUCAUGGUCAAACUCUCUUAAAGGGUUUUCUAUCUAUGUUCAGUGCCAGUAUUCCCUGUAGGUCCAUACAUUCCAGUCACACCAUCCCUGUCAGGGCCUCAGAUUCCCAGCAGCCACUUCACAGAAGUCCCUAGUAUCUCUUUCCCUUGAUCCGUUUCAGUUUCACUCUGUCACUGCAGCCCUCACCUGCUCAUCACAAAUCACCACCAUGACCCCUUAUUGCCCAUGUGGAAACCUCACUGCUCAGUGUUGGCUAUGCAUGUUGUAUGUUAUGUGCCAAGUCUGGCAGUCACAUUGACAUAAAUGUGGCUCACGUUUUAACUUUAACCAUAUAUGAUAUACUGUAUGUCUGUGUGUGUGUGUGUGUAAACACUUCUGAUGGAUCUCCUCUCCUAGUCUCAAGGUCAAAUGUCUUCAUGCCCUCAAAUCUCUGCAACCGGACCAACAUUUCCCCAAACACAGGUUAAUUUGUAUUCUCUGGUCUUCUGUUUAUCUUUUGGUGUGCUGAACUAAAGGACCAAUCAUAUCUGAUCGUAAGACUGACUUUAAAUGACAUCUUUCCCUCUCACACACUCCAUCUCUUUCUCUUCCUUUGUGUAGUGUCACCUCUGAACAGUGUCAGAAGGUCAUUACUUCAGCCUGCACAUCUCCUCACCCCUCAGCCCUGUAACAUCUCCUCACAGCCACACCUAUCUGAGGUAUUCCACAACUCUUUUCGCCCCCCUCACACACCCUCAUGUGUCAGUAACGUCCCGUGCUUCUCUCUCUUGACACGAGUCUCACACCCUGGUGUUAGGCUCAUGGCUCUGUCCUCCUGAGCUGGUACCUCUGAACACUGGCAUACUGGACACCCACGCAGCCCUGCAAUCUGCAAUGUUUGAAUUUAAUAAUAAAAUAAUAUGCCAUUUAGCAGACGCUUUUAUCCAAAGCGACUUACAGUCAUGCGUGCAUACAUUUUUGUGUAUGGGUGGUCCCGGGGAUCGAACCCACUACCUUGGCGUUACAAGCGCCGUGCUCUACCAGCUGAGCUACAGAGGACCACCCAAUUUCCAACUUUAAUUACUGAACAAGUAAUUACUUUAUUGCCAGCAGUCUAAAAAUGGGAGCAUUGCAACACCAUGUAUAGUUUCGUGAAAUGUUAGGCUUAACAUGAGUGGUAGGAUGCCAGUUUAUAAACCCAAACCCCAAAACCGGUUAGAAUCUGUCUCAGAAUGCUGUAAGACUGAAUAGCUUUCUCUCUACUCCCUAACUUGCCACAUUAACACAAUUAUAUAAUACGUUUUGGCUGCAAUUUAUUUUAUUUUCUAUUUACACAAGGGUUGUGUUGAGUUCUUUGACUCAAGCGGCCAUUACUGUAAUUUAUCAGAAAUUCAAUAGGACUGUAAAAUAAUAAAGGUUUGCAUUGUAUUUUGUCCCACAGGUCAGCCAUGACCUUUCAGAUGAUUGCUGCAGCGUCCCAACUGACCGCUCCUCCACUGCGAGUGUAUUACAUCCGAAGACAUCCCCUCAAGUUCAGAGGUAUGCAGGGCACCUGGUUUAAUAUAUAAUACAGUGGGGGAAAAAAGUAUUUAGUCAGCCACCAAUUGUGCAAGUUCUCUCACUUAAAAAGAUGAGAGAGGCCUGUAAUUUUAAUCAUAGGUACACGUCAACUAUGACAGACAAAAUUAGAAAAAAAAAUCCAGAAAAUCACAUUGUAGGAUUUUUAAUGAAUUUAUUUGCAAAUUAUGGUGGAAAAUAAGUAUUUGGUCAAUAACAAAAGUUUCUCAAUACUUUGUUAUAUACCCUUUCUUGGCAAUGGCACAGGUCAAACGUUUUCUGUAAGUCUUCACAAGGUUUUCACACACUGUUGCUGGUAUUUUGGCCCAUUUCUCCAUGCAGAUCUCCUCUAGAGCAGUGAUGUUUUGGGGCUGUCGCUGGGCAACACGGACUUUCAACUCCCUCCAAAGAUUUUCUAUGGGGUUGAGAUCUGGAGACUGGCUAGGCCACUCCAGGACCUUGAAAUGCUUCUUACGAAGCCACUCCUUCGUUGCCCGGGCGGUGUGUUUGGGAUCAUUGUCAUGCUGAAAGACCCAGCCACGUUUCAUCUUCAAUGCCCUUGCUGAUGGACGGAGGUUUUCACUCAAAAUCUCACGAUACAUGGCCCCAUUCAUUCUUUCCUUUACACGGAUCAGUCGUCCUGGUCCCUUUGCAGAGAAACAGCCCCAAAGCAUGAUGUGUCCACCCCCAUGCUUCACAGUAGGUAUGGUGUUCUUUGGAUGCAACUCAGCAUUCUUUGUCCUCCAAACACGACGAGUUGAGUUUUUACCAAAAAGUCAUAUUUUGGUUUCAUCUGACCAUAUGACAUUCUCCCAAUCCUCUUCUGGAUCAUCCAAAUGCACUCUAGCAAACUUCAGACGGGCCUGGACAUGUACUGGCUUAAGCAGGGGGCACUGCAGGAUUUGAGUCCCUGGCGGCGUAGUGUGUUACUGAUGGUAGGCUUUGUUACUUUGGUCCCAGCUCUCUGCAGGUCAUUCACUAGGUCCCCCCGGUGUGGUUCUGGGAUUUUUGCUCACCAUUCUUGUGAUCAUUUUGACCCCACGGUGUGAGAUCUUGCGUGGAGCACCAGAUCGAGGGAGAUUAUCAGUGGUCUUGUAUGUCUUCCAUUUCCUAACAAUUGCUCCCACAGUUGAUUUCUUCAAACCAAGCUGCUUACCUAUUGCAGAUUCAGUCUUCCCAGCCUGGUGCAGGUCUACAAUUUUGUUUCUGGUGUCCUUUGAAAGCUCUUUCGUCUUGGCCAUAGUGGAGUUCGGAGUGUGACUGUUUGAGGUUGUGGACAGGUGUCUUUUAUACUGAUAACAAGUUUAAACAGGUGCCAUUAAUACAGGUAACGAGUGGAGGACAGAGGAUCCUCUUAAAGAAGAAGUUACAGGUCUGUGAGAGCCAGAAAUCUUGCUUGUUUGUAGGUGACCAAAUACUUAUUUUCCACCAUAAUUUGCAAAUAAAUUCAUAAAAAAUCCUACAAUGUGAUUUUCUGGAUAUUUUUUCCUCAAUUUGUCUGUCAUAGUUGACGUGUACCUAUGAUGAAAAUUACAGGCCUCUCUCAUCUUUUUAAGUGGGAGAACUUGCACAAUUGGUGGCUGACUAAAUACUUUUUUUCCCCACUGUAUUAGGGAUGUUUCACUGAAGUGAUUUUAUAGAUGUAUUUAUGGCAGGGUUUAGUUAGUUAAAUCAGGGUGGUUAGGGUUACAAGUUUAGUUAGUUAAAUCAGGGUGGUUAGGGUUACGAGUUAACUUCCAGUCCAGACCCAGGACUGGACAGCCUUGCUUUAAUCUAGAGACCCUGACAGGGUGGUGUUGGGUUUUGUUUCCUCUGCCAGAGCUAUGUGGGGUCAGAGACAUGGUUUAGUUCCCAGCAGUGAUUCUGCUGACCUCUCUGUUGACCUCUGGUUCCCCCUCCACAGAUCGAAGGCAGACAGUAUUACCUCAGACCGGCUCCAGUUUGUAUUUGGGGAAAACAUGAGCGCAAGAGUUUUGGUGAGUUCAGGAAACUUUUACUUAAGAACCAAUGACAUACUUAUAAAGUAGCAAGUUUGCAUAUGAUGACUAUAACAAAUAUAUUAUGUAUCACACAUGAGUUUAACUGUGUUACAAAAUACAUAGCAUUUACAGAAAUACUCGAAUUUUCUCGCCCUCAUAUAGAGACCCCAUAAAUUGCCCAGCAGUGAACAUUCUGAUUGCAGCUCUUCUAAUUCUGAGUCCUCCACCUUUGAGUCAAGUCAUAAAGGUAAAUCAUUAGGGGCCUCAUUGUGUAUUUGCAUGGGUACACAUCUCCAAUCCUCAAGGGCUACGGUGUCUACUGGUUUAUUGGUCCACCAGACUACGGCCCUAGAGGACUAGAGUUGUGCACCUCGGUUUUAAUAGCAAUUGACUGCCUCUUAGUGUAUGCCUUUCAGAACUGCAGCUGAAGUGCUGUCUGUGUUUGCUGACAGGUGCUGUGUGGAGCAGUCUGAGGGAGUCUGCUGCAGCUUACACAGCGUCCUGUGGGAGGCAGCGUGUGCUCAGGCGGGUUCAGGUGUUCACUGGGGAGGAGAAGGAGAGCAAUGUGGUCCAGGUGAGGACAUGUUAUGUUGAAAUAGGAAAUGUUCAAUAUGCCUUCUCAUAUUGCUAGAGCGGUGAUAGUGAUGUACCUUUUUAAAUACCUUUUUUCUUUUAGCUGACCUGCAGACUGUUUGUCCUGGAAAAGGGAACUCAGGCAUGGACUGAGCGAGGGAGAGGAGUCCUGCGACUCAAUGAUCUAACAUCAGGGACCAAAGGAGGGCUGCAGUCCAGGAUAGGUUAGUUUACCAUGAAGGAGACUACUAUUCCCCUCACUCUGACCAACAUCCACACGUCUUUCUGUGAUUCUUUCUCAUCCUCAGUAUAUCUCAUAUUUCUGUCACACCUGCCUCCCUCUGAUCAAAACAGUGAUGAGGCACCAGGGCAGUCUCAAGGUCAUUCUCAACACUAAGCUCUGGCCACACACACACCUGCGUCGCCCCGCCCGUCGGAACCUCCAGGUGACGGCCACCGACGUGGAGACUCAGGCAGUCCGGGUGUUCCUCGUCCAGGCCAGCGCCAGGGACGUGGCUCGCCUCUACGUAGCCAUACACCAUCGGCUGGUAGCACUACGGGCCAGUGUUGCUGAGAGGGAGGCAGGGGCUGCAGUGGGCAGGACCAGGGAGGGACACCGCAACAGUGAGAAUGAGGAAGAGGAGGAGCAGGAAGAGCAGAGACAACGGCAAGAAAGAGAAGGGCUGCUAGUGACACGAUUGCGACCUGGUAAGAGUGAGUAG